GGUUGCGCUGCUGGUUCCAGUCCUUAGCGAGGUGGCUGAGCGGUGGCGCUGAAGCUUGUCUAAAUACGGAUUAUGGGCGCAUGACCACUAUUCAGUCUCUCGCUUGCACCUGAAGGCGGAACUCACUAAACGGACCGUGUUGUCACGCGCAUCCAAACUGCGAGAUUCUUCGUUGUUUGAAUGAAGAGAGCGCCUUUCGGGUCACCUUUCGGUUCCCAAUCUGUUUUCUCUCCAUCCCUGCGCAGGCACAAGGAGACCUUCAACCCUCCUCUAGGUGCUCACUCGUGUUUCUCACCAUUCCCGCUCAGACCCAAGACGACCAGAGCUGGUGACUUGCAACUGUAAACAUAUAGGAUAAGAGAGGACCCUUCUUUAUUCGCGGCGGUAUUCUGUAGAGUCGUGUUCAGAGAGUGAUAUUGGGAGGGCGAGAACGAUCGGGCAUGUAUUCGUUGUAGUAGAAUGCCAACCUAUGUUCUGUGUGAGGGUGCGUGAUGGUGGGAUUUAGUCAUUCGAAGGGAAAAAAUUGAAGAGCUUGGGCACGGAGAUCGUGCACUACCAGGUAGUUAGGUGGUAAGCUUGGCUGGAAUCUAGCCCGUAGCUGUAGUGGCUGUACAAAAUGUCUAAAGAUACGGCGGAGAGAGUGGAUGUGGAGCAGCCCCUACUCAAGGAGAACGAGAAGGAAAAAUCUCUUUCAUUGAUUCACCCGAAUUGUCCUGGCUGUAAACAUAGUUACUUGCAAGAACCUGAUGCUAAGCUCCCGUUGAGGAUCUUGGCCAAUUUAGCGGCGCUAACGCUCGUCAAUGCUUUACCAAUUUCGUCACUCUACCCAUUUCUGUAUUUUAUGGUUAAAGAUUUCCAUGCGGCGAAAUCCGAAAAAGAUAUAGGAUUCUAUGCUGGAUUCUUAGGAUCGGCAUUCAUGGUGGGGAGGUUUCUAACCUCUGUUCAAUGGGGAAUGGCGUCCGACAGAUAUGGGCGGAAACCUGUCAUGAUUACUGGCGUCAUCUCCGUCAUCGUAUUUCAUACGUUGUUUGGAGCAAGUACGACCUUCUGGAUGGGAUUGAUUUCGAGGUUUCUACUCGGUUCCUUCAAUGGCAUGCUUGGCACUGUUAAGGCAUAUGCAUCAGAGGUUUGCAGUGAAAGGCACCAGGCUAUAAGUGUAUCCAUUGUGGGUACCGUUUGGGGACUUGGAUUGAUUAUUGGUCCAGCUAUGGGCGGCUACUUAUCUCAGCCUGCAAUGAAGUAUCCAGAGUGGUUUGGACCUGGUUCAUUAUUUGAUCGAUAUCCGUACCUGUUGCCGUCACUUGCCGUCACAGCUAUUUCAAUUCCAACUCUCUGGAUCACUUUCUACCUUCCUGAAACGUUGCACAAAAACCAUCAUGAAGAAGUCGAGGAGGAUGAAGAGGCGAAGUACGAUAAGCCAGCGCCACUCGCGAUUCCAAUCAAUUUGUCGCGGGCAGGGAGCAGAAAAUAUACAGUUUGUGAGGGAAUCGGGAGCCCGGCCAUGAUUUCUCCAUUCGGGAGCUUUGCUGAAUCGAAGUUUGAGGACGCAUGGCAUCAGAAUGCAGAGAAAAGGAGGUCGCAGAAUUAUGAUCGGUUCCGUAAUAGGAGUAGCUCAUUGCGAAGCCGAGUCGAUGGGGAAGAUACUCAUGACAGUGAUGGGUACAAAGCUUUACCAGGGACGGAUACAUCGAAUGACGCACCAGUCAAUCAAGUGGACUCGAAAAAUGUUGAAGAGAAGGAGAAACUUAAGUCCACUCCAGAGGAAAAGAAAAGCGAUCCAAAGAAGAACAAGUCGUUGUGGAGUAGCAAGCCCCUCAUGGGUUCCAUUGCUGUUUACUGUAUCUGGUCCUUACACGACAUGGCGUAUUCUGAGAUAUUUUCUUUGUGGUGUGUGAGCCCAAGGUCACAAGGAGGUUUGGGGUUAACCACAACUGAUGUCGGUCAAGUGCUUGCAAUAUCAGGGUUUACGAUGUUGGUCUUUCAAAUUUUGGUCUUUUCUCCUUUGGUUCAUUGGAUGGGAGCUGUACUUGUAUCUCGACAUGGCGCGGGACUUACAACUAUCCUCAUGGUUUGUUACCCAUUGAUGUCUUUGUUUGAUGGAAUGACGCUGAUGGUGCUUCUUAGUCUCUUAUCCAUUGUCAAGAACACUCUAGGGAUGUUGACAUUCACAGGCUCUUUCAUAUUGGUGAAUAAUUCUGUGUCACAAAACCAGAGAGGAGCUGCAAAUGGGCUUGCUAUGAGCUUGGUGUCCUUAUUUAAAGCUAUAGGGCCAGCUGGAGGUGGUAGCAUUUUUGCAUGGUGCCAGAGCCGGCAAAACGCCCGUAUUCUUCCAGGGAAUCAGUUUGUCUUCUUUGCCCUGGCUGUGGUCUCUUUGAUGAGCUGGAUAUCCACUUUUGAGCCUUUCUUGCCUAGAACUCUUGACAGACCUUUGCUGGAAGAAUCAGAUAGUGAAACAGAGUAAAUAGGGCAGACAAUAUUCGUCCUCGAAUUUCUUCACGUACAGUAGAUGAUUUUAUUCUAUGAUAAUUCAGUAAAUCAAUGAUUUAUAGAAUGUUUUGUGCAGGCAGGUAUAGUUGCCCAGUUGAUGUAGUUGCCUAAUUCGUUUUCCCCAUACAUGCCAAAUAUGCUUUUUUCAAAGCGUGUGCAUUGUACAGUGGAUCUGACAAUUGGAAUAUACCUUACCAUCCCAUAUUUCCUCA